AAACGCGAUCCCGAGUGAACCCGGAUCGCGAAUUGGAUCGGACGAACCAAAACGAAAAUCGUGCCAUGACCAGCGAAUUAUGAGUUGGACAACGGGCACUGACUAGCGACCACUCAGAUUUGAACUUUUUAUAUGGAUACAUCAAACCCAGCUGUCCUUGUGAAUGGUGACCUUCUUCGCAGUUAUGUGGGUCGCCGUGUGCGUACAGUGGUUCAGGUAGUGAGGCCUGAUGCGGGUGGGUUGACCGGGAGAUCAACAGAUGAAAAGCAAAUUGUUGUCAAGGGUCAAAUGCCAGCUCCUCUUACUACUUUUGUUGAAGUAAUUGGUGUUGCUGACAGUGCACAAUCCAUUCAUGCUGAGAUGGUCACCAACUUCGGUGAUACAUUCGAUACAAGUAACUUCAACCAGCUUUGUCAACUUGCUAAUGGAGACUUCAGGCAUUUGUUUAUUUGAGGAGUCAAGAGAGAUGAAGGAUGCUUCCAAUGGAUGAAUUUUAACUUGUUGGAUAUUUGUUUUUUCUGUUUUUAUGGGCUUUUUAACUAUUGUGACAUUUGGUAUCAGUGAUCUGGUGGUAGUAGUAAUGCUAAGUUUACAUAUUGUGCACCCUUAUGUGUUAAUAUAAAAGUCUUGUUUGAUGAUGCU